AGCUAUUUCACCGAGUAGUUUUUUUCGUGCUCUUGCUGCGUGCGUAUCAGUGAAGAUCGGGGGUGCAGUUGCCGUAAACGUAGCAAUUCCCUUUUGCCCUCGAUCGAAGGGCUUUAUUGCGAAGGGAGAAAGGGUUUGGCUUGCUUUGUGGGGUGGCUGCAUCGGAACGACAGUAACGCUACUUGCCUUGUUUUAGUGGCCACAAUUUCCGGGUACGUCUACCAGAAAGCUGGAAAACGGGAGUCUCACUCUCGGCCUUCUUUUCCUGCACCAAAUAAUCCCUUCCAGCUUAUUACUUUCCGCUGUGCGUGUGUGUGCUGAAAAUGCAUAAAACUGUGCUGUGAUUGUGUAAAGGCUCGCAAUUAAAGAAAAGCUAACCUCUCCAGGCAACAUGAACACUUAAUUGUCCACCGUUGUCCGGUGGGGGUUAGUUUGGUUUUGGGGCCAUCAAUUAGUGAUGUUUUCUCUUCGGACUCCACUUCAUACGCCUGCCGAGAGGAGCUUUUCAUUUUUCAUGUUGAUAUGUGUAUGUGUGUAUCGGCCAUUGGUAUAGAAAAUGACGAAGUGCAUGUGCUAAGAACGUGAUCCGAUUGAAGAAAAGCAGCAAAACCUUAUCGAAACCGCGUUUUUAUCGGUGUAACCAACUAUUGAAGCUAUUCUACUAGGGCUGCUUCCCAGUCAAACAAAAAAAGAAACGAAACACAAUUCGUUGUGCAAUCACAUGAUCCCACCUCGGAGUCGGAAAGUGUUAGAAAACCCGAACAGCGGACACGAUGUCUUCGUUGCGCUACGACAUGGACGACAGCCUCGAUGGCGGCAUACAGCAGCAACCAGCAACAUCCGGUCGCAAAAGUGCGCUGAAUGCUGCGCCAGGCGAUGAGCUGUUCAACAACAUGAUGGGUGCCGAUUUCAGCAUAAGAAAGCGUCGCGUUUGGGCCCCGGAAGAAGUGUCACUCGCGUCCGAAGAUAUCGACCUGCUGGACGAUGACGACGAUUUGGAGGAAGAGGAAGACGAUGGAGUUGGCUGCCCGUUACCAUCGACACCGGAAGAUAAUCAGCUGCUCGAGGCCGAAAUGACGGAAGUGCUGAAGGCGGGCGUCCUCUCGGAUGAAAUUGAUCUUGGCGCGUUGGCUCACAAUGCGGCCGAACAAGCGGAAGAGUUUGUGCGCAAGGUGUGGGAAGCGUCGUGGAAGGUUUGUCACUUUAAAAACCUGCCGGCCUGGCUACAGGACAACGACUUCCUGCACAAAGGACACCGGCCACCGUUGCCUUCGUUCAGCGCUUGCUUCAAAUCGAUCUUUCGCAUACACACCGAAACCGGCAACAUCUGGACGCACUUGCUGGGCUGUGUGAUGUUUAUCGGCGUGGCCGCCUACUUCCUGACGCGCCCUUCGUUCGAAAUUCAGCUGCAGGAGAAGCUCAUCUUCCUUACGUUCUUCAUUGGCGCCAUCAUUUGUCUAGGAUUUUCGUUCGCGUUCCACACGCUGUGCUGUCACUCGGAAAUGGUUGGCAAGCUUUUUUCAAAGCUCGAUUACUGCGGCAUUGCUCUCCUCAUCAUGGGUUCGUUCGUUCCUUGGCUUUACUAUGGGUUCUACUGCCACUACAAGCACAAGCUGAUCUACCUGACUGUGGUGAUUGUGCUCGGCAUAACUUCGAUCAUCACUUCGCUGUGGGACAAGUUUUCUCAGCCCAACUUGAGACCGCUCCGUGCAGGCGUUUUUAUGAGCUUUGGUCUGUCCGGAAUUAUCCCCGCUAUACAUUACGUGCUGAUGGAAGGAUGGAUUAGCAAAAUUUCUCAAGCAAGUCUGGGCUGGCUUAUACUGAUGGGACUGCUGUAUAUUCUUGGCGCUCUGUUCUAUGCCUUGCGCGUUCCGGAACGGUGGUUCCCCGGCAAGUGUGACAUUUGGUUCCAAUCGCAUCAGAUCUUCCAUGUGCUUGUGCUGGUGGCCGCGUUCGUGCAUUACCACGGUAUCAGUGAGAUGGCAAUGUAUCGGGUAACGGUCGGUGAAUGCGAUAUCCCUCAUCAGCAUCCCGCUAUCAGCUUCUAAACCUGCUAGCUCAUGGUAAGCGUGCGGCGUUACAACCACAACAGCAACAACAUCGAGCCCAACAUCCGAUUCCAAACCCGAUUGAUGGAACAUGUUUUACAUCACACACACACACACACGCACUCAUACAAAGAUAGAUACACACACACAAAUGCAGUAUAUUAACAUCUCAGUGAAGCAGACGAAAUCACAACGCGCGGCCGAGUCGGAUUUGUAUAGGGAACGCUCGCCCCCUCUCUCUCUCUCUCUUUACUGUAGAGGGUGAUAUGGAACACAGCACACCACGCAGCCACAUACGCAGGAUAAUUUAUUGUAGUGUUGUAUUGCGGGAUGGGAGGGUGUUAGACAUUUAAAUGCAAAUUUUGCCUUACAGUAUCAGUAAAUUUGGUUUUUUUCUUUUGCAAAUUGAGCUGAGCUUUGUUGCAGUUUGGAAUAUUAUUUUACGCCACACAUACACACACACACACACAUAUUAUAUUUUCAGUCCGGAACCGGAACCAUGUUAUUAAACUACUAUUAGCAUUACGGGGGGAUAAAAACAAACGUUAGAUUUACCAUUGCAUACGCCCUUUGAUGCAAUGGAUCGAUGCGCAACUUUACGUAAGUGAUACAAAAAACCAAAACAUCCACAACCACAACUUCUUGGGUGGGUCGUUGUGCCCCCCACCCGAAAACACCGUUUGGCUCCAGACUAACGGCCAAAAUUGAGCACGCCCCAUAACCCCUUUCAAUUAACCUUUUCGGCCGGACACGCGGACGGGCGGGAAUCAUGAAGAGUCCAAGUCCAAUCUGCAAGCUUUUAAAUGUUGCUUUACAAUUCUCUUCAAGGUAGCAUACGAGUGGUAAUUACACAAAAAGAAAAACUCUUCUGUUUUCUGUUUUAAUACCCUACCUCCCGGGGGCAUCAUCAUCACCCGUGCAUUCCGUAAAUUUUCUCGUUAAAAUUUCUUAUCUACUUCAUUUUGUAUCGUAUUUUUUGUAAUGAAAAUGGAACUACAACUGUAGCAACAGGAACAGUUUUGCCGACAUAUGGAAGGAGGAGUUUAAAAAUUUCAUUUAAAAAUUAAAGUCUAGCUCAGUAAGUAUGAUGGCGUUUAAGGCUGCUUUCUGUUAUGCCAUGCGUUGCAGGCCUAACAAACUUCUUUGCUUCCAAGGAACGUGAAGUGAGUGGGCGUCCGUCGUCCUUAGGAAGCUAGCUAUCAAUUACUAAAUGAUGUUUUGAACUUCAUCUUCUUCACGACACAAAAAAGGGUGGAAAAUAAUUUGCUACAGCUUUGAGUAUGGUUGGAGACAUUAAAUUAAAAAAAGUGAAUUGAUUCCGGCGUUAUGAGUGUUACAACCUCCCCUUCCUGCAUGCAUUCCCAUGCAUUCGGCCGCCGUACCAGAGCUCUGCAAAUGUGCAACCGCCGUGCAGUUUUACAGGCAUCGCUCUACAUGUCUCGCUUUGCCAUCUAUCAACAACAUUAUAAUUUGGGCAAAAGAUUUAUGCUACAAAUCUGAAAGCUCUUUCGGUGAAAAAUUGAUUUGAAAAACUGCGGUUUCAUGUUUUUACACCUGGGGAACACCGCAGGACAAACGCGUUCACAAAAUUUGUAGAUAAUGGUAAACAUUUUGUCAAAACUAGCAAUACAAACCCAUUACACGGAAUUAAAACACAGAAGAUAAGCGGAAGGAGGUACACCACAUCAUCCGGUGGCUAUUCGGCCCUAUACACAAAAGUGUAGCUCUGUUUCAAGGAAGAAUCGUUUGCUGCGUUGCUGCUGGGGUUGUGUUGAUUGUGUUUGAACAACAAAAGGAAAACCAAGGUCGGGGCUAAACACAACAGACACAGGGUAGUGAUGUAAAAUCCAUCUUGUGGAAAUACGUGGAUUUCGAACCUAUGGAUUGGGGGUUGGGAGGGAAUAACAAAUAAAUGUUUAACAACCAUUAAGUAAGGCUAAACCAAUUAUUACAAACCAGGCACACAAACACAAACACACACACUAAAUGGUAACACGGCAAAAUGUACGAACUAUGGGAAAGUUAAAUACAGUUCAUGUGUACCGGACAACAGAA